UAAGAAUGAGUCUAACAUGGACUGCCUUUUGAUGUUCAUUUUCUUUAUUCACAAUAAGUCAACUUUUAUGAGCAAAAUAAACAAUUUAUACAUCAACUAAUAGACAGCAAAGUCUUAAACUGAUGUACUGACCCUUAAGAAUCUUUAAUGCAACUAGUGAAAAUAAGAUAGUAAUAUUUGCAGAAAGUGACGUUUGGUCUGAUGUCUCUAUAGGCAUUGAGAGCAGGAGGUGGUCAGAAAGGCAGUUAUCUCUUCAAACUGGAGGAAUGAUCACCAUCUCGUGUCAUUAUGUUCCUGAUCUAUCUGUGGUGGAGAGCAGUGUGAGUGGUCAGGAAGGGGGCUAUGUCAGUGUCCAGUGUCCCUACAGUGCUGGAUAUCAGAAUGAACAGAAGCAGUGGUGCAGAUUUAAAUACCAGAGGUGCUACACAGUGGGGAGGACUGACACAUCCCAGAAUUCAGCAGUGCAGAUCAGGGAUGAUGGGAGAAGAUCCUUCAGUGUGGAGAUGAGUGGACUGCAGAAGAGUGAUGCUGGCUGGUACUGGUGUUAUAUUGGAGAUCUACAGAUUCCUGUUCAUCUCAGUGUCAGUGAUGCUCCUCCAGGUUCUGCAAUUGUUACUACAGAUACAGAAUCAGCAACAGAUCUAGAGCCAGUGGAGUUCUGUAUUGCACGCAACUGAAUAAUUCCACACAUGCUGUGAUCCUGGACAUGUCAAGAGCUGGUGUUGAGGGCAGAGAGAGAUAUUCAGCAGCAACCUCGGUGUUUGUUCAUUUAUAAUGGUUUGCUUGCAGUAAUGGGUACUGAUUAGUAAACAGCAGUGCAGUG